GAUGCCAACUAUUACGGAUUUACCGUAAUUAUUACGGAUUUUAUGACAACAUUACGCUAUUACGGGCUACUCCCCCAAAAUUACGGAAAAAUAAUUUUUAACUCAUCCAAAAGUUUCAUUUUUAUUCCAUAAUUUUUCCCUUUAAGAAUCAUUCUCAUUGAAUUGCAUCGAUGAGGACGGUGAUCCGAAAUGCGUUUUUGGAUGCAGUGAGAAUGCUCCUUUUAAACGUAGUGCUUCUAGCUCUCGCAUGAAUGACGUCACGCUUCCGAUCAGCAGCACAGAAAUAAGCGGUACUUACUGUCAACGUAAACUAACGAUUACAUACGUUUUUGUCACGCUAUUUUUUAAUGAAGAUUUAAUGAUCAAAAAAGCCAAUAUAUUUGAAUUAUCUAGCGCUCAAUACAAUGGAACGUCCAGCAAAAAAAGCAAAAGUAACGCAACGUUAUCGUGAUGCAUAUAGUGUGGAAUGGCCGUGCUUUAUAAAAUCAAAAGUGUCGGAAGGACACGUGUUUUGUACCGUGUGUUCUACGGAUUUUAUGAUUGCUCAUGGUGGCCGUGAUGAUUGUCGGCGUCAUUUUCAAUCAAAGAAACAUCGAGAUCUUUCUAAACUUCGAGAGCAGUCAAGUUCACUUGACACUUAUUUCCGGAGUUCACAAGAUACAGAUGCGACCAAAGCUGAAAUGCUGUUUGCAGCGUUCAUAAUAGAGCAUAACUUACCAAUUUCAUGUUCUGAUCAUGCAAGCCAAUUAUUUCAGAAUAUGUUUCCCGACUCUAAAAUUGCUAAGAAAUAUAGUUCUUCAAGAACUAAAACUUCUUCAAUUAUCAAAGCAAUGGCAAAACAUUCUCAAGAAUACAUGAUUCAAAUUUUAAAACAAAGCCCCUUCUCUUUAGCAACUGAUGGAAGUAAUGAUGUAAACAGCACAAAACUCUAUCCAGUUGUCCUUUCGUAUUUUGAUGAAUCUUCAGGUAAAAUAGAUACUGUUUUAUUUUCCAUUUUACCAUGCAGUGAUAAUACUGGUGCUGGUAUAUUUGAUGUCUUAAACAAGGAGUUCCAAAACAAAAAUAUACCUUGGUCUAACUGUGUUUCCUUUGCUUGUGACAACACCAACACAAUGAUAGGUCAUUUAAAAGGUGUCGUUUCAUUCAUUAAAAAAGAACAGCCAAAUAUUGUUAUUCAAGGCUGCUCUUGUCAUUAUAUUCAUCUGGCAGCAAAGAAAGGUACAGCAGAGCUUAAACAAGUCAAUGUCGAGCAAUUUUUAAUUCAGUUAUACUAUUUCCUGGAUAAAAGCUCUAAGAGGAAGCACUCAUUUAAAUUGUGCCAAGAAUUGUUUGGCACGAAACCACAUAAAAUUUUCAAAUAUGUUAGUACAAGGUGGCUAUCACUACUGGAUUGUAUUAAUCGAGUUCUCGAACAAUGGGACCCAUUAGUAGAAUUUUGUUCUAAAAGUAGUGAUUGUGAAUCAUUGAGGGUGACAAUUCAAAAUCCCAUGCUGAAACUUUAUUGCUUAUUUUUAAGCAAUACUUUGCCAUUAUUUAAUAAAGUUAAUGUAACAUUGCAGCAGGAAGCGCCUGCCAUUCAUGUUUUACAGAAGAACUUGACAUGUCUCUUCAUGGACUUAUUAUCCAGAUUUAUUAAACCGCCACAAUCAGAUAAAUGUUUGUCAUCAGUUUUGGACAUUGACUUUGAAAGUAAAAAGUUUCAGAAAAGAAAUGAAGACUUGGUCAUUGGAAUUUUUGCAAGGACCUACAUAACAGAGAAAAAAUUUUCAAGUGAACAACUUGAAAAAUUUUAUGCUGAUGUCAGGGAGUUCUACAAGACAGCGUGUUGCUACAUUAAAAAAAAAUUACCGUUAGAAAAUGAGAUGUUAAAGCACGCAGAAGUAGCAAACAUCCAUUUAAAGACAGGGGUAUCUUUUUCAUCAGUACUAUAUUUUGCUGAUAGAUUCCGGCAUAUGUUUUCGGAUGAAGAGUAUUGUAAAUUGGAAGAAGAGUUUGCAUCUUACCAAUUUCAAGAUUUUUCGAAUAUAAAUUUGACAAGAAUGGAUUGUGCCUGGAACGAAAUUUCUAAAUUAACUGAUGGAUCAGGCGUAAAAAAAUUUGCUGUUUUGCCAAAGUUAAUGCUACUAGUACUUUUAGUACCACACAGCAAUGCCUACACAGAGCGGGUAUUCAGCAUUGUUCGCAAAAACCAAAACGAUUUCAGACCUAAUUUAGGAACUGAAACUUUGUCUUCUCUUCUUAUAGAAAAAACAAAAGCGUUGACAAACAAAAAAUUGUGUUUUGAAAGGAAAUUUUCUGAUGCUGAGAUCAGAGCUGCAAAGCAAAGUACUAAAUUAGAUUUACAUAUAACAGAUAAAUAAAAAAAAUUAUUGAA